AUGCUCCGGCUAGGCCGGCCGUGCGCUCUGCACGCGCUCUGCCCCGGCGGGCUGCUGCACGUCUCCAGCAGGAGCGCCGCCUCCGGGGAAGCGGUUACCGGCAGCCUCCCGGCGGGCGCGGGACUCCCGAUCGGCCAGGUGCAGCCCAGCCCGGGAGUCGAGAAACGGGCGCCGCGCAGGACGCGCUGGAGGGGCAGCCGGAGGCUCCUGCGGGAAGCGCUGCUGUUGCUGCUGCAGCAGCCGCCAAGCCCCGGGCGCUUCUGGUUCCCGGCCGCCGGGGCUGAUCCGCGCCACGGAAGAGAGGGCGACCCGCAGAAGGGGAGGCGGGCUGCCCCCGCCAGCUGCUCUCCGAGAUCACCCUGCAUACGGUCGGGAGAGGUAGCGGCGGCCUCGGGUCCAGGAAGGUGGGAGACUAGUGAAACUGCAGGAAACGACCGUGCAGAUCCUAGCCAGGAGAAUGGAAAGAAACCUAACAAAUCCCAGCAGCUGAAGAAAGUUUUUAAGGAAUACGGAGCUGUAGGAGUUGGAUUCCAUGUUGGGAUUUCUUUGAUGUCUCUAGGAAUGUUCUAUCUAGCCGUGUCAAGUGGAGUGGACAUGACUGCCAUCCUCUUCAAGUUGGGAUUUGAUGACACUCUUGUGCAAUCCAAGUUGGCCGCUGGGACGAGUACUUUUGUUUUGGCCUACGCUAUCCACAAACUGUUUGCUCCAGUCCGCAUCAGCAUCACCUUAGUCUCUGUGCCAUUACUUGUGCGAUAUUUUCGGAAGAUAGGUUUCUUCAAACCUCCAGCUCCAAAUCCAUGAUUAAAUCACUGGAAGAAAACUAGGCUGCCACCUCAGUUAAUAUAAAAU